AUGACUUUGCUGGCCGUCCUGGUCCUGCUGGCCGUGUGCUGGCCUGUGUACGGCACAUGGGACAACUGUGGAGGGACCUGCGGGCUCCGGCCCAUGGCUUCUCACUACGGCACGUUGCGCGUCGUGGGCGGCACAGAUGCCCAGCCAGGGGCCUGGCCCUGGAUCGUCAGCAUCCAGGAUCCUGGGAAAACAGGCACGGGGCAUAUAUGCGGAGGGUCCCUCAUCAGCCCACAGUGGGUCCUCACAGCAGCCCACUGCUUCAUCAAGGCUAGGCACAUCACCAUGUGGCGCGUGGUGAUCGGGGCCACUCGGUUGACUCAGCUGGGCCCCGAGGCCCAAGUGCGCAAUAUUAAGCGGCUCCUGGCUCACGAACACUACACUAGUAUCUCGGAGAGGAACGACAUUGCGUUGCUGGAAUUGGACCAGCCUGUCCAGUGCAGCUCCUACAUACAGCUUGCCUGCGUGCCUGACGCCUCGCUGAGAGUGUCAGAGAUGACAGCCUGCUACAUCAGUGGUUGGGGUUCCACGACUGCAAGAUGUGAGUUCCCGAGCUCGACUGAUGUCCUGCAGGAGGCCAAGGUCCGCCUCAUUGACGUCAACCUCUGCAACAGCAGCUGGUGGUACAGAGGGGCCAUCCACAGCCACAACUUGUGUGCCGGCUAUGCGCAGGGCGGCAUCGACACCUGCCAGGGUGACAGCGGUGGUCCUCUCGUCUGCAAAGACAACAACGCGGACUACUUCUGGCUUGUCGGAGUGACGAGCUGGGGGAAAGGCUGUGCCAGAGCAAAACAGCCCGGAGUCUACACCUCCACUCAGCACUUUUACGACUGGAUCUCGGUGCAGAUGGGCCUGCGCCCAGCAGUAACGGCUACUCCAGCGCCACGGCCAGGCUUCACCUCAACCCCCUUUCAGAGGCCGAGGCCAACACCAACGCAACCGGGCAGGUUUACGCCCUGCCCGUUUCCACGCCAGAAGCUGGUGGAAUUCUUUAAUGUGCUGCAGGAGCUCCUGCAGGUCCUGAGGGGAAAAAGGGCUUGAGCAGCAGCAUGAAGAGCACGCAGCGCAGGCUGCGGUGUACCACGACCAUUUCCCCCUGGGGCAACGCCUGCUGCUGCAACGGCCGCCUCCGUGUCUAAGGCCUGCUCUGUCCUGCCCGUGCUCCUCGAGUGCCCGCAAACGCUGAAGGUGACUUAGUUCUGGAAAUAAAGUUGCCAGU